GUCCGACAGAGUGCUGCACCGAGUGAUGCCAUGCCAUGCGGAAAGGUGAGUGAGACCCGACGUCAGACUCUCCGUUGGGUUGAUAUGAUACCUGGGCAUUGCCUUGUGUGUAUGUCUGGUUUGCCUGCCUGUUUGCAGGUAUUGUUUCACGAUCUGGGUGGAUGCCCCUGCUGACAAGGUCAACACACCCCAGGAGACCCAACUGCGCCUGAGCCCCAGUGCCCUGGACGAUCCCGAUGCCCUCAUCGAGGCACUCAGACUCUCACCCCUGCAAAGGUCCGCACGCCCACAUCCUCAUACACACACGUCAUUUUGUGCGUCCAUCCGUGUGCCGCAUGCAGGAGUCUGUCCCGAGCUGUGUAUGACGAGGAGUAUGAGGAGAGCAUCUCACAGUGCAUGGCUGGGGCGCCGGGGUGCCAGGAGAUGGUACAGGCACACCGGAUGAGUGUGGAUGCGAGUCGGCAGAGCGCAGGGCUCAGGAAGCUUAUUGAUCUGCUCAGGCAGCACAAGCCACACAGAUAGCUGUGUGUGUACAUGGUUUGCGCGCAGUCAGUGAC